CUCCCCUAUUGGCUGCUCUUCACUACCUUCGUCUUCUACCUCCAACCCUUUGCCUGCUGCUGCGGGAACACCACCAGCAGAGGAGCGGAGCGCCGGGAGGGGAAGAAGCAUGAAGGUCUCCGUCGUGUCCCGCAGCGGCCGCGAGGUCGUCAGGGGCGGCAUCGACCUCCCCGACUCGGCCAAGGUCGCGGAUCUGCAGGAGGCCAUCCACGCCAAGACUAAGAAGUAUUAUCCUGCUAGGCAGCGGCUCACCCUCCCUCUACAACCUGGAAAAUCUGGAAAACCAGUUGUCCUCAGUCCAAAGUCCAGCCUAUCUGAAUACUGUGAGAAGGGUUCUGGCUCCCUGAAAGUAGUCUUCAAAGAUUUAGGCCCACAGGUCUAUUACAGCACACUGUUCUUCUGGGAAUACGUGGGUCCUCUUAUCAUCUACCCCAUAUUCUAUUAUCUGCCCGUUUAUAAAUACUUUGGAUAUGAGGGAGAGCGGGUCAUUCAUCCUGUCCAGACCUACGCCAUGUACUACUUUUGCUUCCACUACUUCAAGAGGAUCAUGGAGACGUUCUUUGUCCACCGAUUCAGCCAUGCGACUUCUCCUGUGUCAAAUGUCUUUAGGAACUGUGCCUACUACUGGACCUUUGGAGCUUACAUUGCUUACUACUGCAACCAUCCGCUUUACACCCCUGUGAGUGAUCUGCAGAUGAAGAUUGGGUUUGGGUUUGGGAUCGUGUGCCAAAUCGCAAACUUCUACUGUCAUAUCCUGCUGAGGAACCUCAGGAGCCCAACUGGCAGUGGUGGUUAUCAGAUCCCACGGGGUUUCUUGUUCAACAUAGUGACCUGUGCAAACUACACCACUGAGAUCUACCAAUGGCUGGGGUUCAACAUUGCCACGCAGACUGUGGCAGGUUAUGUCUUCCUCGCUGUUGCAGCAGCUAUCAUGACCAACUGGGCGCUCGGAAAGCACAGCCGUCUGAGGAAGCUGUUCGAUGGAAAGGACGGGAGGCCCAAGUAUCCUCGCCGAUGGGUGAUUCUUCCUCCAUUCCUGUGAAGAGGUGGUGCUUGGAGCUGAGCUGGCCUCUGGGGGAUUCCAUAUUUAUUCUGUUUCAGCAGUUGGAAGUUAAAAGUCGUUCAUUUCACGACAUUUAUACUAAUUGUGCCAUCUACCAGUUGUCAACCCUCAGUUUGUUAUCCGAAAGGUCUAAUCCAAAGGAUGGAUUUAUCCUCUAUUCUUGAAACCUUUAUCUGGGUUAAUUUAUGUCACGGUGUUAUGCAUUGGUACUUUUUUUGGUUGUUAAUUUUACAUAGAAGUUUCAUUAGCCUGUUUGUUUCACAUAUUUCUCAAGCAGAAGAUAAGGCAACCUUGAUGCGA